AUGGUGAGAUGUCGAGCAAAAUGGGCAUUAUCAUUGCUUUUGCUUGCUUGGCUUGUAACUGUUGGCUAUAUCGUUUAUCACAGUUAUAACAAUUCUUUAUUGAAUUCGUUUGCGUCAAUUCCUGCUCCUGGAAUUUACACUGAUGCUGUUUUGCGAAAGAAAUUUUGGCAAUCUUUUGAAAAAGCUAGUACUAAUUUAAAAAGGAAUCAACUGAAGAAUGCUAUUGUUUACUCGAAACCGGAAAAAAUUUUAAAUUGGAAGGAUUUUAACCAUGAAGCCUUUUUGAAAAAGGGUAGUUUACAACCAGGUGAAGACAGAUACGCUGCAAAUAAGUUUAAUCAGGCCGCCAGUGAUGCAACAAGGUGGGAUCGUGAUAUUAUCGAUUCCCGGGAAGCAAGUUGUGGAACACUGAUAUACAAUGUAGAAACUCUACCGUCAACUUCAGUUGUAAUAACCUAUCAUAAUGAGGCACGAUCGACACUGCUGCGUACUAUCGUCAGUGUAUUCCUUCGAUCUCCACCACAAUUACUUCACGAAAUUAUUCUUGUUGAUGACUUUUCAGAUGACAUCACAAUUGGAACAGAUUUGCUGCCAAUAGAAAAUGUUGUUGUUAUAAGAAAUACAAAACGUGAAGGUUUGAUAAGAUCACGUGUGAAGGGAUCAACAUUGGCGCGUGCCUCAGUGCUUACUUUCUUGGAUAGUCAUUGCGAAUGCAAUGUGAACUGGUUAGAACCACUUCUUGCACGUGUUAAAGAAAAUCAUCGAGCUGUCGUUGCUCCCGUUAUUGAUAUUAUCGACAAAGAUACGUUCAAAUAUGUUGCUGCGAGUGCUGAUUUAAGAGGAGGAUUUGAAUGGAAUCUCAUCUUUAAGUGGGAAUAUUUGUUGGGUAAAUUACGAGAUGAUCGACAUGCACAGCCUACGGCACCAAUAAGGACGCCAGUAAUAGCUGGUGGUUUGUUUAUGAUUCAGAAAGACUGGUUUGAAAAACUAGGCACAUACGAUGAACAAAUGGAUGUUUGGGGCGGCGAAAAUCUUGAACUGUCAUUUCGAGUGUGGCUGUGCGGUGGUUCAUUGGAAAUUAUUCCCUGCAGUCGAGUUGGUCAUGUGUUUCGGAAACAGCACCCUUAUACUUUUCCUGGUGGUAAUGGCAAUGUUUUUCAAAAAAAUACAAGACGAGCUGCUGAAGUAUGGCUAGGCGAUUAUAAGUAUCUCUAUUUAAGGAAAGUACCAUCUGCUCGAUAUGUUAAUUUUGGCGACAUCACGGCGAGAUUGGAUCUAAAGAAAAGGUUGCGUUGCAAGGAUUUCGACUGGUAUUUAAAAGAGAUUUAUCCUGAGUUGGCAAUUCCUUCAAAAGAACAAGGACGAUACCUGACGUUCAGGCAAGGGAACGUUUGUAUUGACUCUUUGGGCAGGCAUACAGCUUUAUCAUCCGUCGGUAUUUACCGUUGUCAUGGUACGGGAGGAAAUCAAGAGUGGGUACUAAAUGACAAAUUUGGUGUUUUAAAGAGUCCAUAUUCAAACUUGUGCAUAACGGAUGAUGAAAAGGGAACGCUUAUUCUACACUACUGUAAUAUGACUAGGGGGAGAUGGAUUUUGGAUGAAACAAACGGAAGACUGCUCAAAAAUAACCAGUGUACAGCUUUGCUAUUGUCAAGUUCUGGUGAUCGAGAUAAUGUUCUGGUGUUAAUGCCAUGUGAUGUUACGGAUGAACGGCAGCGCUGGAUAUUUGAGAAGCCUCCAGCAUUUUGA